AUGCUCGAUGAUGCGGUUGCCGGUGACAUCCUGGCCUACCUCCCUUGCAGUGAUCUCGGUGCCAGCAACCUGAUCAGCAAGGCGUGGUUGGCACCCAACAAGAACGAGUCACUCUGGCGCCCGUUUCUUUCUACGGUGGAUCCCAUCUCGAUCUUAGGGCCAGCUAAGCUUUCGGAGCUCGCUGAGCAGUUCACGUGCCGACAGGUUGUGACUCAGCUUUCCCUUCGCUUAUGCUCGCUGUGCCGGGAGCCAACGAGCGGGUUCUUCACUUUGACGUGCUCCAGGGUGUGCGAGUCCUGCUUCGAAACGGAUGCCCGGGCCACGAUGUGUAGCCUUAGGUGGGGCUCGGAGGAAGGUUUUCAAGCCGAGAUGACCGCCAGGAAGGUCAAGGCGGAGGCCGCUCAUCGAGCCCGCGUCGCGGCCUACGAAAUCACUCAGCAGCAGAGCACGGCCAAAAGUCCUUCCCUUUCCCGUGAGGGGGGCGGGGAAGAAGACUCAACAUCGACAUCACCUCCCGCCGAGCCAUCUCCGCUCGAGAAACCAAAACGCUAUCCUUCUACACCUCGCAUUUGCCGUCUUAGCCGUGAAACGAACUACGUCGCAUCGAACCAGCAAGAGGGCCAUGGCGUCCGAGGAGAGAAGUAUGGGUUCUAUCGGAUUGUCAACGACGCGUUCUUCGACGCUGGUCCGACGAUUGCCAUCAGCUGCGCGACAUCAUCUCCAAGCCCUCACGGACCGAACACAAGCACCAACACGAGCAACGACGAUGACCUCGACGAGAACGUGUGUGACGUGACGUGCAGUGCGUGUUCCUCCAACUCGUACGCCCGCUUCCACACCAUGACCGAAUCCGAGUCGUACUGCCCAUGGGACGUUCAAGGGUACGAGAGGGAGAGAAGGGGCCGGGUGUUCGUCGAGGCGCUGAAGACAGCCAAGGAUGGCACGACCAUCAAGGAUCGUUGGCACCUCUCGCGGCCGGCUCGAGCUGCAGGAUGGCGCUCUCUUUUUGGAUAG